AUGGGAUCCACAGCCGAAGGGGGUCCCCCUGCCCUGUUUGAUUGGUUCUUCGAAGCAGCCUACCCUGCCUCCCUGCAGGAAGAUCCCCCCAUCCUGCGGCAGUUCCCCCCAGACUUCCAGGACCAGGAAUCUAUGCAGAUGGUGCCUAAAUUCUGCUUCCCCUUUGAUGUGGAAAGGGAGCCCCCCAGCACCGCUGUACAGCAUUUCACCUUCGCGCUCACGGAUCUGACCGGCACUCGCAGGUUUGGUUUCUGCCGCCUGCGGGCUGGUGCUCUCAGCUGUCUCUGUAUCCUCAGCCACUUGCCUUGGUUUGAGGUGUUCUACAAGCUGCUGAACACAGUGGGGGACCUCCUGGCCCAAGACCAAGUCUCAGAGGUGGAUGAACUUCUUCUGAAUGUGCUGCAGCAGCCCCUUCCUGGGACCCAGGCCUCAAUAGGUCUAGAGCUGGGCAGUGGAAUGAGGAUUGCCAGUGCACAAGGCCUGCAGGCCCCUGUCCCUGGGAAGAACAUGUCGCUGUCCUGCUUCGUGGCCCCCGACUCCGGCCGCCUGCCAUCCAUUCCUGAGAACAGGAACCUAACGGAGCUGGUGGUGGCGGUGACCGACGAGAACAUCGUGGGACUGUUCGCCGCCCUCUUGGCAGAGCGAAGGGUCCUGCUCACGUCUAGCAAACUGAGCACACUGACCUCCUGUGUCCACGCGUCCUGCGCUCUCCUGUAUCCCAUGCACUGGGAGCACGUGCUGAUUCCCACGCUGCCGCCGCAUUUACUGGACUACUGCUGCGCGCCUAUGCCCUACCUCAUCGGAGUGCAUGCCAGUCUCGCUGAGAGAGUGCGGGAGAAAGCCCUGGAGGACGUCGUGAUGAUGAACUUGGACUCCAACACUUUGGAGACACCUUUCGACGACGUGCAGGCCCUGCCCCCAGACGUGGUGUCUCUACUGAGGCUGCGGCUAAGGAAGGUCGCGCUGGCCCCUGGGGAAGGGGUGUCCCGUCUCUUCCUCAAAGCCCAGGCUCUGCUCUUCGGAGGGUACCGCGAUGCCCUCGUCUGCAGCCCGGGCCAGCCUGUCACCUUCAGUGAAGAAGCCUUCUUGGCCCAGAAACCCGGGGCGCCACUGCAGGCCUUCCACCGGCGGGCUGUCCACCUGCAGCUGUUCAAACAGUUCAUCGAAGGCCGACUGGAGAAGCUGAACACAGGUGAAGGCUUCUCAGACCUCUUUGAGCAGGAGAUCACUUGUAGUGGGGCCUCCUCAGGGACACUCCGCUCCUACCAGCUUUGGGCAGACAACCUGAAGAAAGGGGGUGGUGCCCUUCUGCACUCCGUCAAGGCCAAGACCCAACCAGCUGUCAGGAACAUGUACCGCUCGGCGAAGAGUGGCUUGAAGGGUGUGCAGAGUCUUCUCAUGUACAAGGAGGGGGACUCUGGCCUGCAGAGAGGGGGCUCCUUGAGGGCCCCUUCUCUCACCAGCCGCUCAGACCGCCUGCAGCAGCGCCUGCCUAUCACCCAGCACUUUGGACAGAACCGACCCCUUCGCCCUAGGAGUCGUCCUAGCAGGAGACUCAGGCUGGAAGAGAAACCUUCUGAGUCCCUGGAAGAGAGGACACCCUCCCUGAGCCCAGAGGAUGCUCAGGACCCGUGGGCAGAGGAAGCACUGGACGGCAGCUUCCUGGGGUCUGGAGAAGAACUGGAUCUGCUAAGUGAGAUAUUGGACAGCCUGAGCACUAGAGCCACGCGGACUGGUAGCCUGCGGCCCAGCCAGAGUUUAGACUGCUGCCACAGAGAAGACUUGGACAGCUGCCUCAGCCUGCCUGACAUACCGGGAAGAUCAAGUUGGCAAGUGGAUGAUGACAAACCACCAGAGCCCCAGUCCCUGUCCCUGCUGCCUCUGCACAACCCCCAGCCUUCAGAUGCCACAAGCUCCGGGAAGCACCCCACUUGCCAACUGCCCUCAGAGGCCAGCCCAGAAAUCGAGUCUCUAUCCCAGUCUUUGACAGUUUCUGCAGACCCCAGCAGGAAAGGGGACCCUGGAUCCUCUCCCACAGAGCCCCAGCCUCUCCGCUUCUCCCCUCCCCAUGAAGCAACUGAAGAAUCCACAGCCCAGGAGGACCCCUACUCCCAGCUCUUGGCAGCACCCAGCCAGCCCAGCCCUCCGGAAAGCCCCCAACCUGAGCCCAACUUGGGUGUUACCUGGACAUCCCAAGCCCUUGAUUCUUUCUCGGAUCCGGGUUCUCCAGAGAACCCCGGAGCCCCACCUUCAGAGGGCCUGCUCGCAGUUCACCUCCAGCCCCUCGAGGAGCCAGAAGCCCCCAGGUCACCAGCUGUACCUGCAAGCAACUGGCAGGAGCCCCAGGCCAGGAGCGGACCCAGAGUCGCUGAGCUUAAAAAGUGUUUUGAAGGUUAA